UACCUUCUCUUGGUCUCCCUCUCCCUCUUUACAAACAAACACUUGGCCUAAUGCCAAAGAUUUGUUCUCCAAUAACUGAUAUAUCAUGCCUCCCUCGUAUUGCCUCCAAAGUAGAGUCAGUGCUAAAUAAAGCCCUUCGUUUAGCCCGUUUCUCUAGAACUCCAAGACAGCAUCCAAGAACCAAACUAUGCAUCAUUGGUAGUGGAGCAGCUGCCCACACAGCUGCAAUCUAUGGAUCUAGGGCAGAGCUUCACCCCAUUCUCUUUGAAGGUAAUCUUGCCAAUAAUGUAGCACCUGGUGGGCAACUAACCACCACAACUGAGGUUGAGAACUUUCCUGGCUUUCCAAAGCCCGUUCUUGGGCCUGAGCUCACUGAAAGGUUCAGAGCGCAAAGCUUAACUUUUGGGACCCAAAUUUUCACUGAAACUGUGACUCAAGUUAAUUUUUUGGAUACUCCAUUUAAGGUAAACACAGAUAAGAGGACUGUGAUUGCUGAUACUGUUAUUAUAGCAACUGGGGCGGUGGCCAAAAGACUGUAUUUUCAUGGAGCAGGGGAUGAUGGGUUUUGGAAUAGAGGGAUAUCUUCCUGUGCAGUUUGUGAUGGAGCGGCCCCAAAUUUUAGAAAUAAGCCUCUUGCUGUGAUUGGAGGGGGAGAUUUGGCAAUGGAGGAGGCCCUGUUUUUGACCAAGUUUGGUAGCAAAGUGUACAUAAUUCAUAGGAGAGAUGCCUUUCAAGCUUCGAAGAUUCUGCAGAGGAGGGUUUUUGAGAACUCCAAGAUUGAGAUUCUAUGGAAUUCAGAGGCAAUUGAGGCUUUUGGGGAUGAAGAGAAGGUGGCGAACUUGGGUGGUCUAAAUAUUAAGAAUAAUGUAACGGGGGAAGUGUCUAAAUUGAAGGUUUCAGGGCUCUUUUUUGCAAUUGGGCAUGAACCAGCAACUGGGUUUCUCGAGGGACAGGUUGAAUUGGACCGGGAAGGGUAUAUUGUUACCGAGGCUGGUACAACGAGGACGAGUGUUCGUGGGAUUUUUGCUGCUGGGGAUGUUCAGGAUAAGAGGUGGAGGCAGGCUGUUACAGCUGCUGGGACAGGAAAAAGAUGGAGUGAGACCUAUGACUUCAUAUAUUUCUUGAUGCAGGAUGCAUGGCAGCAUUGGAAGCUGAACAUUUCCUUCAAGAGAUGGGUGAUCAAGAGGGCAAAAAACAUAGAUGAUUCAAUAUUUGAGUUCUGUUUAAAAACAUAUUAUUGUAUUGUUCGUAUAUAAAAGCUUUGUUCCUACCAUUUUUACAUGCACACAAUUUCUUUAUUGCUAAUUGUCUUUUAAAUCAUUCCAUGUAGUUACAAUAUUAUUAAUAUCAUCAUCAUCAUUCGAGCUUUAUCCCAAC